GAAAGCUCAAGAAGCUCAUGAUGUUCUUCUAAUGAAGCAAGAACAGUUAUCUUCUGCUUUACAAGCAGCUAAAAAUGAUUCUUCUGGACCUCAGACAGAUUUGCUGCUUUUGAGGGAUAGAGUGAAGCUGCUAGAGUCGACCGUUGAAAGUGUAAAUGCGGACAAACGCAUGUUGGAAGCACAGUUGACUGAUUGUCAAGAACAGCUCUCUGCUAGUCAGAUUGAAGUUUCACAGUUGAAAUUACAGCUUGAAAAUGAACAACAAAAGGUAUUAGAACUCCAAAGAGAGCGUGAAGCUGGAGCAACUUCUGAACUCAAUACAUUGCUGCAAGAAACUCGAAAAGAUAAAGAGAAAGUUGAGGAGAGAGCAGUACAUUUACAAGAGCAGUUAGCUCAUAGUCAACGAGAAGUUGCUCGUUUGAAAGAUCAACUUCAUCAGCUGCAAGAGGAAAACAUGGUUGCAAAAAAUAAUGCUCACAAGCAAAUUACAGACAUGGAAUACCACGUACAACAGAUAAUGUCAGAAAAAGAGCAGAUGAGUCAAGAAAUGAGUGCUUUGGAGGAUGCGCUCCAGCAAUUAAAACUCAAGUGUCAGCAUCACUUGGAAGACAAAAGAGAAUUAAAGGCUUCCAUUGGAGAACUACAAAAAGUUGUAAAUGAAACUACGGCACAGCUUAAUCAAGCUCAGAAAGAAGUAGAAGAGCUAAAGAAAAAGCAUAAUGCAGAAAUUGACGAGUGGCACAAAUUCCAGGCAGACCUCCUAACUACAGUCAGAGUUGCGAAUGAUUUUAAAAAUGAAGCUCAGCAAAGUGUUGAAAAAUUGACUGAAGAAAACAAGCAGCUGUGUGAAAAAAAUUCAAGUUUGGAAUCUGAAAUUGAAGCAUUAAAGGCAAACUUGGAAAAAGAUCUGAACACACCAUCUCAUAGACAAUUGGCACCUACGAUAACCACCAGUAUAACAUCCAAUAAAAGGAGUGACAGAGGAGCAGCCAAUCAGCUUUCUGUGCGUUCCCUAAUAGAAUCUAUUGAAAAUGCCACAAAACAUGUGAAAGGCUCUAGCAGUAGCUGUAGUUCUUCAUCCAGUAGUCUCAACAGUAUUGCAUCUGAUCCUAGAAUAACUGCCAAUUCUAUUCUAAUGGCGAACAAUAAUGAGCUGUUUAUAAAACCUUCCCUUCGUGUUGCAACAGAUUCAUUGUCAAAGGAUACUAAUGCAUCUGCUCAGCUUGUAAGGCUUCCUAAAAAUGCCAGUUCGGAAAACAUAUGCCAUACUACAACAAGCAAUGGCCAGAUAACUGGAGACCAAGCGGCUGUGACGAGCAAUAAAGUGGAUGCUGAUACGCUGAAACCUUUAGCUCCUCAUCCAGUGUCUAUUCUUGCCAAUAAGUUAGAUCCAAUGAGAAGAAACAGCUAUGGAGAUAUUGAGAAAAAAGAUCCUUUAGCAUCUCUUGUCAAAGGUGGAGGCUCAAAACGUAAUGCUCUGUUAAAAUGGUGUCAAAAUAAAACAUUAGGUUACAAGGGUAUUGAUAUCACCAAUUUUAGCAGCAGCUGGAAUGAUGGUCUUGCAUUUUGUGCAUUGAUGCACUCAUACUUACCCAAUCUUAUUCCAUACGAUGAACUUGACAGCAAAGACAAAAAAAGGAAUUUUACUUUGGCGUUCAAAGCAGCAGAAUCAGCAGGAAUACCUACAACUUUGAAUAUAAAUGACUUGAUUUCACAAGAAAGACCAGAUUGGCAGUCUAUAAUGACAUACGUCACAUCUAUUUAUAAGCAUUUUGAAACAUAAACUCCUGUUGUUGAUCAGCUGAUGCUUCUUUCAAGUGAUAAAGGACAAGUAAUGUAUGAAAUUUAUAUCAUAGAUGUAAAUGUAAAGAUAUAUCAACAAAUGUGUUCUAGUCAAGCGUUGAAGUUAAGUCUCGAACUGCUUUUGAAAGCAGCUUAAAAUAAUGAUGUGAAUACAGCUAGGAAGCCAAAUUAAGAAAUUUCAAAUUAUAAUUGUUGUGAAUUGGUUUCACAAACCAACUUUUGUGAUAAUGAAUUAACAUUGAGUAUCAUUUCAUUUAUAAACGGCAGCAUUGUUGCAUUAAAACAUUCUCAUAUGUACAUGAACUUGCACAUGUUGCACAUUCUCGUGUAUACAGCGUGUACACAUACUCACGUGUACACAUUAAUGGCUUUGAAAUGAAAUAAAAUUAAAAGAAAUUCUAGAAAUGAAUUUUUCAUUUGUAAUUUAUAACUAACAUGUUUUUCUGAAGGAAAAUUCACUUCUAGUACUCUUUAUUUGACGUGUGAUAUUGUUAUGCUAUCAUAUGUUUCCUAGCAUAUAAAUAUUUAAAGUAUCAGCAAAAUCUGAUUUAUUUCCAAUAAUUUUUUUCUGUUCAUGAAAUUAAUAUUUUUAAAUAUUUCUGUAUAUAUAUAUAAUAUAUUAAAAAUUAAGUUGUUGUGAAAGUCUUAUUUCUCAUGAAAAUUCAUGUAAAAAUGUGCAUUUUAUGUUCUGUGUACUAUAUUGCUAUUAAUUUUCUAUAUCCAGAAUCAAAAUUUUAUAUGCAUAUUUUUAUGUAUUAUAGUUUAUAAUCAAUUUUUCAUAUUUUUUAAAAAAGGUCAGCUUUGUCACCGAUAAAAUUGGAACAAACUGAUAAAAUAUGCUUUUUCAUUGAAGAUGAUAUUAAAUACAGUAGUAAAUAAAUUUUUGACUUGAAUUUAGUUAUUAACUUAUUCAGAGAUUAAAAAGUGUUAUGGUUCAUUCCUCUGCAUGGUUUUUAAAAAAGUGUUGGAUGCAAUGGCAUAAUCAAGUAUGAAUUUUUACCUGCCAUUAUUAAUAUUUCUAAAAAAAAAUUCAGAAUUCUUGACCAUGUGCUCUCUUUAUAAUUUCUGAUGAUAUUUAAGUUUUCUUAGAAUGGAUCUAAGAAAAGUUUCUUAGAUGCACUCUUUGCUUUAUAUAAAGGUUUUUGAAAAUUGUUCAUCUGAAUAUCGCAGUUCCCCCCCCCAAAAGGAAAUUCUGUUGUGUGCAGAUUUUUAUAUGUUUUGUUCAUCUAAAAUAUAUUGCAUUAUCAAUGCUUUUCAUAGCUCAGAUGUUAAAAAUUAAAGAUGGCUUCAGAAGGAGAUUCACAAGUGAUUCAAAAAGAAAAUUUUAUGAGGAACUUUUUUUGCGUUUCCGCAUAAAAUUUCUCAUUUCAUAUAAAAUUAUAUCCGACAACCUCCAAAUAUGAAAACCUGCGUUUAUCACAAACACACUCAUAGUUUUUUGUGAUAAACGCGGCUGUUUAUUUUUAGAAGCACUCAAAAUGGAUUUAAAUUCUCUUUCAUUGCAAUUAAUUCAAGAUAUUCAACUAUUUAUAUUGAUGCUUUAGGUAUUCUAAAUUUUAUGCUCUUUGACUAAUUUCAUUUUGUAAUUUUCUUACACUUUUAUACUGAAAAAAUCCUAAAUAGGGAAGGAAAGAUUUAAUUUAUCAAUGUAAUUUUAAACACGAAAAUAAACUUAAUAAUUCAAUAUAUAUAUAUAUAUAUAUCAUUAAGUGGAUAAGCUUAUUAAUAUACUAUACCUGACAUAAAAUUAAAUACAAAUAUUUACUGGCUAAACUCUGAUUGAAUUUUCAUGUAAAGUCAGAAAACAUCAGAAAUCUAGACUUUUAGGAUAUGAACCUCCCAUUUAAAGUAAGGAUGACCCUUGUGUAGAGAUUACUGUGAAAUUUCCGUUAAUUGCAUGUAUGUCAUAAUGCAAAAAUGGCUUAAUAAGAAUAUCUGUAAUCCUACAAAUCAAGCACACAACUUCAACAUCCUUAAAAUAGAAAGUUUUUUUAUGAUCUGUUAUAUCCAAAAAUUUCUUUUUAGUGUAAAUCUGACUAAAUAUAAAUUUUGAUCAUGAUACACAUAAGAGAUAUCUCUGAAAAUGAAUAAGUGAUGAUUAUCAUGCUUAUCUUUAGCAUAGAUUACUUAUCUAAUAAUACAAUCAAACCUCGUUAUAGUGAGCUUUAGUGGGCCAAAAGUUUGAUUCGCUUUAUCUGAUAAGAGGGGGGGGGAAUGGGUCAUCUCACAAAAUAUUGCAAAAUUUAUUAAUGUGCUGCACAGAAAGAGUGAAUACCAUCGUGUUAUCUUUUUUUUAAAUCAAAAAAUAUUAAUGCUGACUUUGUUUUUUAAAUUCACCAUACCAUAGCUGCCACCAACCUUGAAACCUUAAAACUGGGAGAAACUGAGGUUUUCAUGCUGCACACCACCAUUUCAAAUAAACUCCAAACUGAUUUUAAUUUUUUAUAAAACUAAGUAAAUUAAAUAUAAAUAUUAAUUACUUAAACAUUGCUUGAAUCUUAAAUUUACAAUAUCUGCAGUAAAUUAAUACAACUAAGAUCAAAUGAAAUUUCAUAAAAAUAAGAAAAAUUAUUUUGAAAAUAAUGUGGGAGAAUGGAAUUUGUCUAAUUUAAGUAUCAUAAAUUUCAUUUAUUGUUUAGAAACUUUCCUUGGUAAAGGCUAAAAAAAUAUAAACUGGGAGAAUUGGCAGCUGUGUCUUAUGUUAAUAUCUUACACAAAAAAUUGCUUAGUAUAAAAAGUCAUGGUUUUGGCCCAUCCCUGCAAUUGCACAUUUUCAUCUAAAAUACACAUUUACAAUUAUAAAUAAGCAUCAGCCUUGAAGAGAAUGCUAUCUGACAGCUUCAUUAAAGAACUUGAGUGAAAUCAAGGAACUGAUUCAAGGUUUUUGUCUGCAUGUGUAGUACAGUAGGAUUUCAUACGAUAUGUUUAUUGUGUUUCCUGUUGUCCUCAGAAUUGAAUGCUACACCUGCCUGACAUAGCCUUUUUUCUAGGACUCGGAGAAAGCUGGGGGAAGAUAAAAGAACAGUAAUCUAAAGGUGUUUUUCUCUAUUCUAAUGCCUUAAACAGGAGGAAUUAAAGAGUUAGUUAUUUUUUCAUUCGAAAGCUAUAGAAAUUACGAAAAAAGUUUGAAAAGUGGGGAGGUGGAAUGA